UAGUAUGGGUGCGCGUUAGAGCGCACAACAUUUUGUCCUGUGGCGCUGCGUGCGCCUGCCCUUUGCCAAAAGGGAUUAGGACAAUCUACCAACUCUGUUCAUUUGCGGGUUAUAGUUUUGCCACAGAACACUUGUUUUGCUUUUACUACUAGUUUUGCCGGCGUGUAACAGAGGCCGCUUGCUGUUUGGGUCGCGUGGCUUUGCUUGUGCCAUGAACUGACGCUCUAGUUCAUUCUCGGCACUACGUAGUGGAAGAGAAGACAAAUUCUACAUUUGGUGGCGACAGAGUUGGCCCCGAGUUUUCGUCGUUGUGUGACCUACUGAAAACAUCUACGAAAUGUCGGCGCAGCCACUGGCCACUGGAGAAAUGUGCAGGGAGGAGAGAGAACGACUGGUCCAGCAGCGUAUGGAGGACAUGAGGCGCAAAAAUGAAGAACUGCUUCGACGACAUGCAGAAAUCGAAGCGGACAAGAAGAAUGCCGACCUGCUGAGCCGUGCAGCCAUCAAAGACUGUUCGCUUCGCAAGCCACCCCCUGCAGAGUCCUCGACCUCGCCAAGGGACAAUGCCGAGAAGAAGCCCCCAAAGCCCAGGGAACCACGAGUGCGUCCAGUGCCGCCACCUGUUGAGAAGGACUCCCUUACCCACCGAAUGCAGAGGCUUAGCAUGGAGGACGGCCCUCCACCGGACCCCAACUAUCGCUUUCUGGCUGACCGAAUGCGUGAGGGUGAUGCAGAUGGUGGUGGGGACCGCGGCGGCAGCCGUCGCCACCGAGACAAUUAUGGAGGCCAGGACUUUGACAAUGUGCGGCAUGCCAUGCGACAGGAUAAGGCACUACAAAGGGAGUCUGGCCCUGUCCUGCCUCCCAAGCUGGCCAUGACUGGGCGACAGCGGCGAGAGUACGAGCAGUGGAAAAGCGACCGUGCUGCUAUUGACCAGGAGCGAAUGCAGCGCCACACCGAUGCUGAAGGCAACUUCACGCGCGAAUGGGACCUCCACAAGGGGCAGAAGCAGAUGGGGCUAUCAUCUCCUCUGACUGACUGUCGAGCACCGCUCGGAGGAUUCUCCUUGGGGAGUCGUACACACAUGCGAGAAAUUCCAAGCCCGCCAUCUGAGCCAGAGAUCUGGUAAACCUUCUGUUGUGAUCUGGAAGGAGCCUCUCCAGGAUUCACUGAUCUCAAUGUUUGGUCAGCUGUCUGCUGUGUGUUUUUCAUAAGUUAUAAAACGUAGGUUUUGUUCAUGAA